CCCCUCGGCUUCCUCCACCAACUCUCUUCUCCCCUCCUCCUCCUGACUGAGUAAAGAAACUCGUCCCAGACUUUUAAACCAUCAACCGGUAACGAUAAAUAUACUACAACGUUCGAAUCGACAAUGGCGGAUGCGAAAGCAGCUCUCGUGCGCAAAAAAGCCAGAGGUUUUGCCAGGCCAACUGGUGCACCUCCUGCAGUAAAACCUUCAUAUGAAGUGCCAAAAUGGGCUGGUAAGCCUCCAGCUGGUAUGCAUCUGGAUGUCAUGAAAGAUGGAAAACUAAUCGAGAAAUUUAUAGUUGAUGGCAAAACACAUUUUUUCUUUGGUCGUCAAAAGGAAUAUAUAGAUUUUACCAUAGAUCACAACUCCUGUUCACGGGCACAUGCUGUUAUUGUAUACCACAAGCAACUACAAAGAAUGUUUAUAGUCGACUUAGGAAGUACACAUGGAACGUUUUUAGGCUCAAUCCGUUUAGAAGCAAACCAUCCAAUGCAGUUACCUAUAGACGAAGUGUUCAGUUUCGGUGCAUCUACAAGAACUUGGAUGUUGAGAGAAAAACCAAAUAUGCCAAACGCGAUAGACACCUCUUUAAAUUCUAGUGUAAAUGAAAACACGGAAAGCGACUCUAAUAACGUCAGCCUAUUGGGUUUACCUGAAGCUGAGCAUGAAUUAAACGACCUGACGGAAUUCAACACUGCACACAAUCGUCGACUCGCCACUCUACCCAUCGAUGACUCUAAUAACCUUCUCUCGCGAAAACGAAGAAGAAGUUCACAUGGUGUGUCGUUCUCCGAAGAAGACACCAUCAUCAAUCCAGAGGAUGUUGAUCCAACUAUUGGUCGUUUCCGUAAUCUCAUCUCCACCGAAAUUAUACUACCGAACAAGCAACGUAAACUCAGCACAAAUUCGGACCAUGAAAACACGGAUGCACGCAUCACAAAGACCCAACAAGACUUUCAAACAAAUAACUUAUAUAGCGAUAUAACUCCUGACUCGUCGAUAAAUGCGGGAUUGAAAAUUUCGUCCGCACCAGACGUUGAAGAGCCUGACGUCUUCUUUAAACGUGCUGUUGUUACAAACAUUCCUCAAGUCACUCGAAUUACACCGAUUGAAACUAUAGAGCGCAAUAGCCAAGAACCGCACAAAAAGAAAUACAUGAAAGAGGCGUGGCCGGGUAGAAAACCCAAGGCGCAAAACCUCUUAAGCGUGUAGUAGAAGUAAGUAGCCAACGGGUAAACGCAGUGAAUUAACAGCUUUAACUUUGAAGAAGAGUAUCGGAGAGGUUUUUUAAAUGUGUACAUAGUGAUAUUUUGGAAUAUUUCGUCUAAAUAUAGUGUGUAUUUAUGUGUUGACGUACGUACCUCUUCUCCCUAAUAGGGUAGCAGAUAGUUCAAUACAACUAUCCAGGGAGUGGCGCCCCUGCCCUUAGUCAGCUGCGACCAUGACCAGCACCAACAGCAACCGGUGAAAAUGUUAUUAGGAUCAUGUACAAGAGUAGACGGGAACUCUUUACUGUUCUUCAAGUUGUGGCAUACUUGCUCACGUUAGCCAAAAGACGAAACAACAACAACAACAACAAACAACAGCAACAAAGCCUUUGUGAUGGCGAACACGCAUGAAGCUGAAGGCAAUUUAUCGAGUAAACGAGAACUCUUUACUGUUCUUCAAGUUGUGGCGUACUUGCUCACGUUAGCCGAAAGACGAACAACAACAACAAACAACAACAAAUGUAGCCUUUUGUGAUGACAAAAAAGCAUGAAGCUGAAGGCAAUUUAUGGAGUAAACGAGAACUCUUUACUGUUCUUCAAGUUGUGGCGUACUUGCUCACGUUAGCCGAAAGACGAACAACAACAACAAACAACAACAAAUGUAGCCUUUUGUGAUGACAAAAAAGCAUGAAGCUGAAGGCAAUUUAUGGAGUAAACGAGAACUCUUUACUGUUCUUCAAGUUGUGGCGUACUUGCUCACGUUAGCCAAAAGACAAAACAACAAAAACAAACAACAACAAAUAAAGCCUUUUGUGAUGACAAACAAGCAUGAAGCUGAAGGCAAUUUAUCGAGUAAACGAGAACUCUUUACUGUUCUUCAAGUUCUGGCAUACUUGCUCACGUUGGCCGAAAGACAAAGGUGAUGAUGACUAAUGAUGAUGAUGAUGAUGAAACAAAAGACUCUAUUGUCAGUUUUACUUAAAGUUGAUACAUUAGAGCAAAUCCUUGACAGACUGUACAAACAUCUACGAUGAUGUAAAAUGACGACGAAGAAGAAAAAAAAGAAGAAGAAGAAAUAUAUAGAACAGUUUUACCUGUUCUUCCAGUAAACAAACAUUUUAGUUUUAAGGGUUGACCUCCUUGCUGGUGUUAGUCGAAAUUUUGACAAUAAAAAUGACGAUGACGAUAAUUGACGAAAAGUUUUUUUGUAAUUUUGUAAGGGAAAGAAAAUGGUGGUGGUUUUUUUUCAAA